GGAAGAAGAAGAGUUGUCAAUCCCGCUCCACUACAAGCCGUUAAAGUGCUGUUUUGGGGUUAUUGUGAGCCGGUGAAGUUGUAUAAUUAGCUGUAUUACAGCAGACACACACAGACAUGUACCACUGCAUGGCCAGGAUUUCAAACUUCUCUGUACUUGUUUCAGUUUCCAAUUUCUCUCUCUGUCCAUAAAAGGACUGUUUGUAGCGGAGGAAGAGUGCCUCCUGCCUUCGUACCUCCAUCAUGGACGUUGAGAAACACAACAGAGGAGAGACAUCACAGGCUGGCUGAGCAGCAUUGGCAUUGUUCUGUCCGCUGUAUGAGCUCUGCAGCCAGGAAGAGGAGAGCUCUGCGCAGUGCCUUCCCUGUGCUGGAGCAGCCCCUCCAGCCCAUCCACCAACAUGUGUAUGAAGCUAACCUCCGAAACAGCAAUGCCUGCCACAAAAAGUAUGUGGAGUUGAGUGAGAAGGUAAGGAUUGGUGGAGGGGAGAAUGCCAUCACCAGACACACUCAGAGAAACAGGAAGUUACUGGUCAGGGAUCGGCUGCACCUCCUGCUGGAUGACAAGGACUUCUUGGAGCUUUCACCAUUGGCUGGUCUGGGUCUGCCAUACGGUGACAUCCCUUCAGCUGGCUGCCUGACUGGCAUCGGCAGGAUCAAUGGCCUGUGGUGUGUGUUUAUUGCCAAUGAUGCCACAGUGAAAGGCGGCACAGCGUAUCCAAUCACAGUAAAGAAGCAGCUGCGUGCACAAGAAGUAGCAAUUCAGAACCGCCUGCCUUGUGUUUACCUGGUUGACUCUGGAGGAGCUUUUCUGCCACUGCAGUCAGAGAUCUUUCCUGAUAAGAACCAGGGAGGAAGGACAUUCUAUAAUGAAGCCAUCAUGUCUGCCAUGAAGAUCCCACAGGUGUCAGUGGUUUGCGGGUCGUGCACUGCGGGCGGAGCUUACAUCCCCACUAUGGCAGAAGAGGCAGUGAUGGUGCACCGGAUAGGGACCAUAUUUCUUGGAGGGCCACCGCUUGUCAAGGCUGCCACGGGAGAGGAAGUGACACCGGAGGACCUGGGAGGAGCCAGGCUUCACGCUGAGGUGAGUGGCUGUGUGGACCAUUUUGCAUGGGAAGAGAAGGAGGCGUAUGAAUACACCAGAAACAUCAUAUCCACCCUCAACUUCCAACUGCCUGAAGAAGAAGAGGAGGAUGAGGUGGAGAUGAAGAAGAGGAAAGCAGAGGAGGAGCCUCUGCAUAGUUUAGAGGAGCUUCCAGGGCUCGCUCCCAGAAGUUAUAACUACAGUCUGGAUGUUAAAAUGGUAGUCAGCCGGCUGACAGACGGGAGCCGCUUCCAGGAGUUUAAAGCUCGAUAUGGUACCACACUCGUCACUGGCUUUGCAAAGAUACAUGGCCACCUGAUGGGAAUAGUAGCCAACAAUGGAGAGCUGUCGUACGAGGCUGCGCUGAAAGGCAGCCAUUUUGUCCAGUUGUGUGACCAGAGAGACGUCCCCCUACUCUUCCUCCAGAACACAGCACCCACAGCAGCUCUGACACUCUCCACAGCACAGGCAGAGGUGAACAGUAACCGUCUGAAGGCUCAGGGCUCUAUGAUGUCAGCAGUAGCAUGUGCCUCUGUCCCCAAAAUCACUGUAGUGAUUGGUGGUUGCCAUGGUGCUGACAGCUACGCCAUGUGUGGACGGGCUUUUGACCCCAACUUCCUGUUCCUGUGGCCAAACGCUAGAGUGUCAACGGUGGCUCCAGGUCACUGCGGCUCUUUGCUUCCCUCUGACAGCGAGCAGGAGGAAGAGAAGAAGAAGCAGCAGGAGGACGACCUCAACAGGAGGUUAACGAAGGAGAGCUCGGCUUUCUUCUCCUCCGGCAGGCUCUGGGACGAUGGAGUCAUUCUGCCUCAAGACACCAGGAAGGUUCUGAGAGACUGCCUGGACAUCAUCAAACAGCAGCAGUAUCAACUUUCCACAGAGAAACUGAAAACAACACUUCUGCGUGUGUAGAGGCUUCCAUCUUUCUUGUCCUCACACUGUAUGGAGACUACAUCUGGAAACAUCUGCUCCAACUUUGCAAUUAAACUGCUGUGUGUAAUGCAGUCUGGUCGCUGUAGCCCACUGAUCACUUUUACAAGGGUUUGCCGAGAUUACUCACAGAAAGCUCUGGCCUGUAUUCAGUUUAAUAGAUAGCUGUAAGUGAUGGUGAACGUGAUCAUCCUACGAUUGAAAAUGAGAAAAUCUUCUUAUUUUUACAAUAAUAAUGAUUAUAAUUGUUGGACAUAUUGAAUACCAGAUUUUAAAGGA